CACGGUUUCGACUCGGUUUAAAAAUCCAUAUUCCAACGGUUGACCCGUUUAUUACGGUUAACAGAGAAACGGCGGGUCGACGGUUAUAUUCUGAACCGCUAAGAUCAACCACGCCACCUUCCUUGCUGUUUCCUUCCCCUAAAGUCGGUUUCUUAAUCACCAGUUCACCCCAAACACUAUAAAAAUUCAUCUCCAAUCUCACUUUCACCAAUCAACCAUGGAAUACAGAACCUUAGACCUCACUCUCGUCUCCGCAAAGGGUAUCAAGAAAGCCUCUCUCAUCGGAAAACCAGAUGUCUGCGCCGUCGUUUACAUCUCCGGCGCCCGAAGCAACCAAAAGCUUAGAACCCCUGUUGACAAAGACGGAGGUUCCGACCCUACCUGGAAUUUCCCCUUGAGUUUUACUGUCGAUGAAGCUGCCGGAUUACAGAACCGACUGACGCUCGUCGUCAAGAUCAAGGCUGUGGGGAUUUUCAGCGAUAAGAAUCUCGGAGAAGUUCGCGUGCCGAUUAAAGAGCUUUUGGAAGGUGUAUCGAAUGAAGGGAAGACGCAGCAGCUUGUUAGUUAUCAGGUGAGGACGAAGUCCGGGAAGACGAAAGGGUUUCUCAGUUUUUCUUAUAAAUUUGGGGAAAAGUUUUCCGGUAAGGCGGAGGAGCCCGUCACGGCUUAUCCUCCCGGGAUGGCGGUUGGAUCAAGUUCAGCGUAUGCACAGCCGUAUGGGGCGGCGGCAGGUGGGUAUUACCAGCCUCCUGCUACUGGUUACCCUCAUCAGCCACAGACUGGAUAUGCGUACCAGCACCAGCAACAACCGGGUUAUGGUGGUUAUCCUCCGCCACCACCGCCGGGUUACGGUGGAUAUCCUCCGCAACAGGGGUACGGGAAUCCGGCGGUUCAGCAGCCUCCAAAGAAGAGCAAAUUUGGUAUGGGGUUGGGAGCCGGUUUGCUAGGUGGUGCACUGGGUGGACUGUUGAUCGGCGAUAUUGUGUCGGAUGCUGCUGAUGGCGGUGGAUGUGGUGGUGACGGAGGCGGAUGUGGCGGUGGCUGCGGCGGCUUUUAAUACUACGGUUUUUAAUUUGAUAUUUUAUAUAGCAUGGGUUGGUUUGUUGUUUUCAUUUCCAUUGUAAAUAUACUUUCGGUUUAAAUUUAAUAAAUCAACUCCUUUUACUACAAA